CGCUCACUUUUAUUUUUAUUAUUCGGUAGGGGGUGGGAGCGGCGGAUUGACGCCGCGACGUUCUGGCGACGUUGAGGCGACGUUGGGGCGACGUCACGGCCUGAGCCACGCCUACACGGUCACGGUUUCUGAGUGAGCCAGACAUUCCUGCCUCUGAGUGAGCCAGACAUUCCGGCCUCUGAGUGAGCCAGACAUUCCGGUUUCUGAGUGAGCCAGACAUUCCGGCCUCUGAGUGAGCCAGACAUUCCGGCUUCUCAGUGAGCCAGACAUUCCGGUUUCUGAGUGAGCCAGACAUUCCUGCCUGUGAGUGAGCCAGACAUUCCUGCCUCUGAGUGAGCCAGACAUUCCUGCCUCUGAGUGAGCCAGACAUUUCUGCCUCUGAGUGAGCCAGACAUUCCUGCCUCUGAGUGAGUCAGACAUUCCUGCCUCUGAGUGAGCCAGACAUUCCUGCCUCUGAGUGAGUCAGACAUUCCUGCCUCUGAGUGAGUCAGACAUUCCUGCCUCUGAGUGAGCCAGACAUUCCUGCCUCUGAGUGAGCCAGACAUUCCUGCCUCUCAGUGAGCCAGACAUUCCGACUUCUGAGUGAGCCAGACAUUCCUGCCUCUGAGUGAGCCAGACAUUCCGACUUCUGAGUGAGCCAGACAUUCCGGCCUCUCAGUGAGCCAGACAUUCCGACUUCUGAGUGAGCCAGACAUUCCUGCCUCUGAGUGAGCCAGACAUUCCGGCUUCUGAGUGAGCCAGACAUUCCGACUUCUGAGUGAGCCAGACAUUCCUGCCUCUCAGUGAGCCAGACAUUCCUGUCUCUCAGUGAGCCAGACAUUCCGGCUUCUGAGUGAGCCAGACAUUCCGGCCUGAGUGAGCCAGACAUUCCUGCCUCUGAGUGAGCCAGACAUCCCUGCCUCUGAGUGAGCCAGACAUUCCUGCCUCUGAGUGAGCCAGACAUUCCUGCCUCUGAGUGAGCCAGACAUUCCGGCUUCUGAGUGAGCCAGACAUUCCGGCCUGAGUGAGCCAGACAUUCCGACUUCUGAGUGAGCCAGACAUUCCUGCCUCUCAGUGAGCCAGACAUUCCGGCUUCUGAGUGAGCCAGACAUUCCGGCUUCUGAGUGAGCCAGACAUUCCGGCCUGAGUGAGCCAGACAUUCCUGCCUCUGAGUGAGCCAGACAUUCCGGCUUCUCAGUGAGCCAGACAUUCCGACUUCUGAGUGAGCCAGACAUUCCUGCCUCUGAGUGAGCCAGACAUUCCGGCCUCUGAGUGAGCCAGACAUUCCGACUUCUGAGUGAGCCAGACAUUCCGGCCUCUGAGUGAGCCAGACAUUCCUGCCUCUCAGUGAGCCAGACAUUCCUGCCUCUCAGUGAGCCAGACAUUCCUGCCUCUGAGUGAGCCAGACAUUCCUGCCUCUGAGUGAGCCAGAUAUUCCGGCUUCUCAGUGAGCCAGACAUUCCGGCUUCUGAGUGAGCCAGACAUUCCUGCCUCUGAGUGAGCCAGACAUUCCUGCCUCUGAGUGAGCCAGACAUUCCGACUUCUGAGUGAGCCAGACAUUCCUGCCUCUGAGUGAGCCGGACAUUCCGGCUUCUCAGUGAGCCAGACAUUCCGACUUCUGAGUGAGCCACAUGGCGGAGCUGCCGAUGAACCCCGACUGCACGCUUCGGGAAAAAUAUCGAGAUGUCGACUUACUAAUGGCUUUGGUGGUGGAGGAAUGCAACAAACCAACUCCGAGCAGGCACAUGAUGCUGACCAGAUGUAAAGUCGGGAUUGAGCUGGUUGACAACCUGAUAGAGGCUGAUCAUUCUCCAGGACGCAGAACCUCCCUGGUUGUUUUGAAACAAUUCUUGAAACACAUUCUCACUAUUUUGUCAGUGAAGAAAGAAAAUCUCGGCAAAAGUAAGCCGUGCGCCAAGCAAAACAUCUCAAAGCAGCCAAGUGCAGACGCUGAUUCCAGGCGGCAAGCUAUCGAAGGCAUGGCCAUACAGCAGAAGACCAUCUCCUUCGGAGACAUUUCGGGGCUAAACGAAGCCAAACAGAUCCUACGGGAAGCCAUCACUUUCCCCGAUCUUUACCCACAUUUCUUUAAAGACGGUCUGAAACCUUGGAGAUGCAUUUUACUUUAUGGUCCUCCUGGGACAGGGAAGACGUGUCUUGCCCUCGCUGUUGCCGUGGAGAUUAAGUCGAAGUUUUACUCCGUCUCCAGCUCAGACCUCGUCUCCAGCUUGUUUGGUGAAACGGAAAAGAUGAUCAAGGCGCUAUUUCAACAAGCCAGGAGCCAGCAGAUGAAAUGUGUGCUGUUCAUCGACGAGGUGGACAGCCUGUGUCGCAAGCGCAAGAGCGGCGAGGAGGAGCACGUGCGGCGCAUCAAGACGGAGCUGCUGCGCCAGAUGGAAGGUGACUGCACGCACGCAGUGGGCGAUCGCGACAAGCUCUUCCUCAUCUGCGCCACCAACUGCCCCUGGGACCUGGACACGGCGUUUGUCCGCCGCUUCCAGCGCAGGAUUUGCAUCCCGCUGCCCAACAGAUUGGCGCGACGAGACAUCAUCAGCAAGUGCAUAGGCUCGCAAGAAGUGAACCUGUCCCACGUGUUCAUGGAGACCUUGUUGAACCUGACGGAGGGCUUCAGCGGGAGCGACAUUUGCAAUGCCGUGUCCGACGCACUCUUCCAGCCCAUACGCCAUGCUGAAAAGGCAACCGCCUGGGUCUCUCUGCCCGGUGGAAAAGUGACCCCAUGCAGCCCAGACAAACACGGCGCAAAAAUGGCAACGCUGCGCGAUAUUCCUCCCGAGCAGGUGCAGCUCCCUAAGCUCACCUUCAUGGACUUAAAGUGCGCGCUGAUGAAGGCCCAUGCGACGGUGACCAAAGAGGAAGUAAAUCAAUUCAACAAGUUUACCGCCGAGUUCGGCAGUUGUGGCAGCUGAGGGCAAGCUGCAUGCCACGGACAAAGUUAUUUCAGUUUGGGAUAGAAUAGGUGCGUUGGUAAAAUCAGUUUCACGAUUACCCAAAGCGGUGGAAAUGUUUCUGUAAUGUUACCUGUGAGAGUUCCUUCCACCUCUUUCAGGAUGUCCUUCCGAUGUGGAAAAGUAGGCCACAGUACCCUCUAGAUAAAUACUCUUUGGUUCUUUCGGUAAAGUCACGUAGGUAUAACGUAAAAUCAAUUAAAUCACGACGUUUUGGGCGCA